CUUAAUUCGAAUUAAGGAACAGGCAAAUCAACAGAAGAAUAUCUUAUACAUCUAAACACAUUCUCAGAGUCAUGAGCAUGUGCAUAAUCCCUGCUGGAACGUGAUCAAGUGGGUGUUGCUGGAAUUCAGUGGGUAUGUAAAUAAUGAACAUCUGCUGCAGGUGGGAUCCUACAUUAUUGUGGAAUGUGAAAUGAACAUGUCUUUGGACGUGACUUAAAUUAAAGCUUAAAGUAGUAAGCAAUGUCUUGACUGGUGCCGCUUGUCACGCUUUGGCAAACAGCAAUUCUAGUUUCUCUACGCAAGACAACAAGAAGAAAAACAAUAACAGGAGAUCAUAAUUAUUAUUGUGACAUAGUCAAAAACAUAAUAAACAUCUGUUGAAGAAUUAAAAGAGUGAAAAUCUAAAUCUCUCUUAAUAUUGUGGUCAAGUCCUGUUCUUUUUCACCCAAGCUCUGAUCAUCCCAGGGAGGGCGAUCUCAAGGCCUUUGUGUCCUUGCUCAAAUCAUUGCUAAAGAGAUUGGUGAUCAGGGUUUGAAUCUUUGACUUUUUAAUCAAGUAUUGGAUGAUAAUGAACAUGAAGUAACAUAUAUGUUAUGGGCCCCCAAAAAACAUAUAUUUAUUCGUCUUGACUCGCCACUAUUACUAUUAUCAUGGCUGGUUCAACACAGGAAAUAAGCUACAGAAAUGGUGAGUAGAGCACCAAAAGAGAAACAAGAAGUUGAGGAUAGUAGAAAUGGUUGCUUUCCUUGACAGCCUUCUUGUCUGGGCAAUUUCAGGGCUCCAUUCAGAGCUUUUCUUGUAUUAUAUAUAAAGAUCAGAGACCAAAGGGAGCCGAAAGAGAAUAAAGUAGAAAUAAUGCCUGCAUUUUGGUUUUCUCUGAAGAGAUCAUUGAAGUGCAAAUCACAGCCAUCUGAUGUGCAUGAUCCAAAGGCCAGGAGCAAUCUGACCAACGUUCAGACAAGAAAGCCAUGCGGGUUUGGAUGCUCAAGAUCCAUGUCAAAUCUAAGAGAUGUCAUUCAUGGGAGCAAGAGACACAUAGAGAAGCCACCAAGUUGCAGUCCAAGAUCUCUAGAGAGCAGUGACUUCCUCAACCCCAUAACCCAUGAAGUAAUCCUCAGUGACUCCACAUGUGAACUAAAGAUUACUGGGUUUGGAGGCAAUAGUGGUGUUAAGGGUGUCUCUUCAACUUUCGUGGGUACCCUUAAGCCAGGUACACCUGUCCCUGGAGGCCAUGAAAUGGUGCCCCAUUAUAACACCACAAGGUCAAAUAGCCUUUCUAGAAAGACUAUGCAUGGUGAUUCUCCUGUUUUUGGCUGUGGCACUGGCAGUGGUACAUCUUCGAAGCCUAGGAGUUCUGUUGAUGCAGAAUCUUCUGAUUCUUCAACAAUAAUUUGCAAAAAAUGUGGUGAGAAGUUAAAGACAUUGGAGACUGUUGAAGCACAUCAUCUCUCCAAACAUGCUGUUACUGAACUGGUAGAAGGCGACUCAUCUAGGAGGAUAGUAGAAAUAAUCUGCAGAGCAAGAUGGCUAAAAUCUGAGGCCAAUAGUAUCCACAUGCAAAGGGUUCUUAAGGUCCAUAACAUCCAAAUCACCGUUGCUCAAUUUGAAGAACAUAGAGAAAUGGUGAAGAUUAAAGCUAGUAAACUACCCACAAGACACCCACGUUGCCUUGCUGAUGGAAAUGAGCUCUUAAGGUUCCAUGGCACAACCAUUGCUUGUUCUCUUGGCUCGAAUGGCUCUUCUAGCCUUUGUACAUUGGAGAAAUGUGGUGUUUGCCAAAUUUUGAGACAUGGGUUCUCUAAGAAAGACCUUAAAGGUGGUUUUGGUAUAUUCACUGCUUCUACUAGUGGAAGAGCCUUAGAGUCUAUUGAACUUAGCCAAGACAACCAUUCUGCAAGAAUGGCUUUGUUGGUAUGCAGAGUUAUUGCAGGAAGGGUCCAUAAACCUCUGGAGAAUUUUCAAGAAAUGGCAGGCCAAUCAGGCUUUGACUCAUUGGCUGGGAAAGUUGGUCAGCAUUCCAAUAUUGAGGAGCUGUAUCUAUUAAAUCCCAAAGCUCUCCUCCCUUGUUUUGUAGUAAUUUGCUAACCCUGAAAUGAAUGUCAGUAAGGCCAAUUUUCACUUUUU